AUGGACGGCCGACGAACGUCUAAUGCCGGCGCCUCCGGCAUCCCCCAAAUGCGUUCCGGCAUUCCCCGGCCAGGCGGUGCAGCUGCUCCCACCAACGGUGCUGACUCUGCCAUCCCUCGACCCUCAUCCCGAAUCGGCACCAUCCCUUCUGCCGGUGCCGGCAUUCGUGCAGCGAGCGGGCCCAUGGGUGUCUAUCGCUCCGCUUCCUCAGCUGGUCGGAGCUCGGUUGGCGGUGCUGCCUCGGGUCCAUCCUCGAUGCUUCGUCAAGCGCCAGCCAGUGCAGCGCCCGCAUCGCGCACCUACUCCGGUCUCGCCAACCGCAUUUCGACCCUCGCACCGCGUCCACUAGAUCCGAAUACAUCCACCAACAUGCUCGGUGACGACAUGUCCUCUGCUUCCAUUCUGCUCGACACCUCCCUCGGUCCUGCUGCCGGGCUGGGAGGCCACAAACGCACCGUCUCCGCCGCUGGCCUGGGCGACGACAGCGUUUCCUUCAGUACCAACCUCAAACGGCCUCAUCUUCGAAAGCUGAGCAUGGACGGCACCUCACCGUUCCUCCUUCAAGCUCAGAGCGAUGUGCAUCCAGCCAGCACACCGAGACCAGAAUCUCCCGCAUACGAAAUAGCAGUGCUCCGCACGCAUUACGACCAGCAGCUCCUCGCCGAGUCGCGCAAGUACAAGAAGCUCGAGUCCGACUACGAGGCGAAAUGCAAAGAACUGGAUCGCUUCAACCGGCAACGCGUGGAACUGCUCGACGAGUGGGACAAGCACUCGGAGGCCACGAGCGCAAAGGAGGCCGAGUGGGUGCCGAAGCGCGCUUCGCUCGAGGAGGAAGUGGUGCGAUUGCGAAGCAGCAAUUCGGAGCUGACGCAUCGGAAUGACGAGGUGAAUUUGACGAGCUCGACACAGCUAGCUGAGUUGAGAGGGAGAGUGACAGCCUUGGAGUCGGAGCUGGGGAAGGCAAAGGCGGAAGCGCAGGCGGCGACCGUGCGCGCAAAGACGGCAGAAGACGAGGUGGGUGCAAACAAGGCCGAGCUGGAAGACUUACAGAAUGCGCUCGAGGAUGAACAAAGGAUGCGCAUGCAGCAGCUCGAUGAGGCGAGGCUGGGCGGUGCAGAGCAGGGCAAGAAGAUUGCGGACGAGCUGGCGAGGCAGACGUCGCAUUUGCGCAAAUUGGAGGCGGAGAAUGCGCAUCUAGUUGCCGAGAACGGAAGGCUGUCCGGGCAGGCGAGCAAUGUGGAGCUGUUAAAGGAGGAGAAGCGAUCCUUGGAGGUCAAGCUGCGUACCCUGGACUCGUUGCGGGAUCAGCUCGCUGCGGCUGAAACGCUGGUAACGGAGCUGCAGGAGAAGGAGAGCAAUUGGGACGCCAUGCUGCGCAGUGGACUGCAGGCAGAUGUGGACGCUGCUUUCGCCGCGGCUGCCAAUACGGACGCUUCACUACCCACAAUCACCGCUCCCGAGGUCAUCGACCGCACCACCCUCCCGCGCUACCUCUCCACGCUGCGCGGCACGGUCUCUGGCCUCUCGGCGCGCUGCACCGCCCUCUCUGCCACGGUCGAGAAGCUGCGCACGCGCAACCUCACCCUCGAAGAAGACGCCAAGGACGUUGACGCCAAGGAACGCAAGACCUCACUCCAACUCACCGAGCUCCAGACAUCCCUCGCACGGGCCCAAAAGACGGAAGCGCGGCUCACGGACGAGAUCGCGCGGCUCAAGACGAUGCUCUCGUCGUACGAGCAGGAGGAGGCGGCUCACAGCUCUGCCACUUACUCCGCCGCCCACGCGCAGAGGAUCAGCCUGCUGGAGGGCGAGCUGGAGAAGGCGCAGACGGAGAACGCGAAGUUGGCCGAGGAGGUCGAGUCGCUAUCCAAAAGCUUGGCGGAAAAGGGAAGCAAGGGUGAGGAGGGGGAGCCUGCUGAUCUUCAAGGCCAAGUCGAACAGCUGACGGGGGAGAAGGCGGUGUUGGAAGGCAAAGUGUCGGAGCUCGAGGGCACCAUUUCCUCGCUCAGCAAGGAGCUCGAGACGCUGGGCAAGGAGAACGAGAACCUCUGGCUUCGCGUAGGCCGGGGAGAAUUCGACCAGGAGCGUCAACGAUGUCUCGUGCUCGCCUCCAACCCUGUCUCGCACGACCUCUCCCUUCGAAAAGCCAACCUGGACGCGCUCAAAGCAGAAAACGCGUCCCUUCUCUCCCGCGUUGAGGAGCUCUCCACCCAAGUCACCUCGUCCUCGUCCACGACUACUGGAGGCGAGGCACUUGUGCCGCAGUCUACGCUCGCCAACCUCCGCUCCGAGCUGCACGACCUGCAAACAUCCAUCGCCGCCAAAGACAAGUCGCUGCUCCGUCUCAAGCAGGUCUUUAGCGCAAAGGCAAACGAGUUCCGCGAGGCCAUCCAGUCGCUCUUCGGCUACAAGGUCAAGUUCCUCGACAACGGCAAGGUCAAGCUCACCUCGAUCCACAACAGGUCCGCCAACUCGACCAGUCUGGUCUUUGAGAGCGAGGAGGGCAAUGUGGGCAAGAUGAAGCUCAUGGGCGAGGCGGUCAAGGUUAAGGGGCUGGUAGAUGUCGAAGGGUUGAAGGAGUAUUGGUUGGCUGGAGGGGAGGGCGGGAGACAGAGCGUGCCGUGCUUUUUGGCCGCGUUGAACCUGGAGCUGUACGAGGGAUGUACGAUGGCCGUAAGAAGGGCGAAAUUCGAUGAUGAGGGAGAGGAGGAUGAGUAG